AUGUACUACCAAAAUGUUGGUGGAAUCAACACAUCCAUCACCGAAUACCAGCUGGCCCUUAGCGACGGGUGCUACGAUGCUUAUGCGUUCACUGAGACCUGGCUGAACGAGGGCACAUCGUCUAACCAGCUGUUCGACAAUUCGUUUUCCGUUUAUCGACAUGACCGGUCACCAUUAAACAGCAACAAGACCACCGGCGGCGGUGUUCUAUUGGCAGUGCGUUCCAGGUUCAAAUCCCGCUUGGUAAGUCCCCCGAACUGUGCAUCGGUAGAGCAAUUAUGGGUCGCAAUUUCGACCGAUGACGCGACCAUUUUUGUUUGCGUCGUUUACAUUCCCCCCGAUCGAAUCAAUGAUCCAGACGUGAUUGAGACACAUAUCAAUUCGCUCAACUGGGUGGUGUCGCAAUUGGAACCUAAGGACAACGUUGUCAUACUCGGAGAUUUCAACUUGAGUUCCAUUGCUUGGCAGUGUAGUUCUUUUGGUUUCUUCUUUCCGUGCACUACUCGCUCCUCGAUGGGUCAAACAUCGCGCGAGCUGCUUGAUGCCUACAGCACCGCUGGGCUCAGACAGAUGGUUGGAGUUAAAAAUGAAAAUAACCGUUCACUUGAUCUGUUCUUUGUGAGCGAGGAACUAGGAGUAAACUGCUCGGUUCUGCAUGCUCCUGCUCCGCUUGUAAAAAUUUGUAGACAUCACCCGCCUCUGCUAAUGUGUCUGGAAGCGAGUCCGUCUCGUACCUUUCACGAUACGUCAGAAAGUGUCUCCUAUGAUUUCAGUCGGGCUAAUUUCGGUGAUAUGAAUGAUUUCCUGGAGCGCGUGAACUGGGACGAGAUUCUUAGCGGAUCCGACGCGAACCUUGCUGCUUCGACUCUCUCCGGAGUAUUGCUCUAUGCAAUCGACCAGUUUGUUCCAGUCAUUUCGAAGCGGGAACCGACUAAGCCGGCUUGGUCAAAUGCCGCCCUCAAAAAUCUUAAAAGAGCAAAACAGGCAGCUCUGAGGCGUCACAGUAAGUACCGUACCGACACCACGAGAGCGAGUUACUUGGAAGCGAAUACCGCAUACAAGCACCUCAACGAUAGUCUCUACAGCGCCCAUUUAAGCCGAUUACAAAGCCGCCUGAAAACUAAUCCCAAGAGUUUUUGGCGGCAUGUCAACGACCAACGUAAAGAAUCUGGUUUGCCGACUACGAUGACUGAUGGAUUCCAUGAAGCUGAUACAACAACCGCUAUAGUCGACUUGUUCCGUUCACAAUUCAGCAGCGUCUUCGUCAAUGAGCAACUUGACCCACAGGAUGUCACCGAAGCCACACGGAAUGUUCCGAGCUUUCCUGCAUCUGGAGUGCAGUUCGCUAUCACCAACGAUGUCGUUAUUGCUGCCGCCAAUUUGAAGUCCUCAACUGGAUGUGGACCGGACGGCAUCCCGUCGCUUGUCAUUAAACGUUGUUUGAAUUCUAUUGCCGCGCCUCUUACAACGGUGUUCAACCUUUCCAUGACAACCGGCGUUUUUCCGAAUUGCUGGAAGGAGUCGCACGUUUUUCCCGUUUUCAAGAAAGGCUGCAAAAGAACUGUCUCAAACUACAGAGGUAUUGCUUCACUGUGCGCUACGUCGAAGUUACUGGAGUUGAUCGUUCUACACAAUCUAGUUCAAAGUUACGCACAUUACAUUUCUGAGGAUCAACACGGAUUUGUUCCAAAACGAUCGACGACCUCUAAUCUGACGUGUUUCACGUCGUACCUGAUACGCCAGUUUCAAAGUGGUCAUCAAAUAGACGCCAUCUAUACUGACCUUUCUGCCGCCUUCGAUAAAAUGAAUCACCAAAUCGCUCUGGCCAAAUUCGAUAAACUGGGUAUGAACAACAACCUCCUAAUGUGGCUCCGAUCCUAUCUAACUGGACGCAACUCAAGAUCUUCGCUGUUUCCACAACCUCCAACUGAAUCUUUGAACACCAUUAGCAAGCUGAAAGUCUGA